AUGCCAGCGAGCAGAGUGAUAAUUGACACCGAUCCUGGAAUCGACGACGUCCUUGCUCUGCUCCUGGCGCUAUCGUCUCAUUCUGAGGAGAUCGAGGUCAAGCUGAUAUCUCUGACCUUCGGCAAUAUCGAUGUCCGUAGUUGUUUGCGGAAUUUGGUCUCUAUGUUCCACGCCAUCGAGCGGGAGCUCAGCUGGCGCCGUGAGAAUGGAAAGCCGGAAGGCUUCGAGGCCCUGCGGGCAUGCAAGCCGGUGGUUGCUGUCGGGGCUAACCGCCCCCUGCAGGACGAGAUGAUGAUGGCCGAUUAUUUUCGUGAGACUUUGCCUCCUGCCUUCCACCCUCACCUGACUCCAGAGCAAACAUGGGAGUCCCUAUUUUUCCCAUCCGCGCAGAGCGGGACGGUUCCAGCUCCAGCUACAGCAAAAGCUGCAUUGGCGCACUCUCAGCACUCCUUAUUUAUCGGCUCCAAAACGCCAGCCCACCAGGAAAUGCUCAGGAUACUUAAAGAGAACGAUCCAGAGACCGUCACGAUCGUCGCCGUCGGCCCACUGACAAAUCUCGCCCUAGCCGCCGCAGAAGACCCAGAGACAUUCCUCCGUGCAAAGGAGGUAGUUGUGAUGGGGGGCGCAAUCGAUGUUCCCGGAAAUGUCACCCCCACUGCCGAAUUCAACAUGUACGCCGACCCCACCGCCGCCGCACGCGUUUUCGCCCUCACCUCCCCGCGCCCCGCGUCCACCAUGCCCCCGACCAACCCGAGCCUAGCCACCCACCAGCUCCCCGCCUACCCCACCAACCUCAGCAAGCAGCUAACCCUCACACUCCUCCCGCUGGACCUCACAGACCAACACAGACUCACCCGCGGCCAAUUCCGCGCCAGAACCACCGCGGCGCCGCAGACAACAACAACAACAACAACAAAUGCAACAGCAGUAGUAGCCACGCCCUCGCCGCUGGCCGCGUGGCUCACCAUCAUCCUCGAGCACAGCUUCGCCACGCUCGACGCGCUGUACCCAGGCCACGCCGGCGACCACGCGGCGCUGAGCCUGCAUGACCCGCUGUGCAUCUGGUACGUGCUUACGAGGGCGCCGCCAUUGCCAUUGCCAUUACCAUCAUCACCAUCAUCACCACCACCAUCAUCAGGGGGCGGGGUUGGCUGGCAGCCGUCCGCAGGGUCGCCAGAGGAUAUCCGCGUGGAGACGACGGGCCAGUGGACGCGGGGGAUGUGUGUAGUUGAUCGGCGGGGGCGGAGGAGGCGCGACAGCGACGACGACGACGGUGCCCGCUUCAGCGACAAUGGGCAUUGGCUGAGUGACAGUUCUGGGAACCGGGUGGUGAGGAUGGCGUGCUCACCGGGGGCGGAGGGGUUUGGGGGACAUAUGCUGGAGAGGGUCUUUGGGUGA